AUGGAUGAACUAAGUAGCAAAACGUGUUAUGAGUUGAAGGACCAUGGAGUGAUACAUCGUCCUGCCCCAGAAGACCCCUGGGAUGUGGAUGUGUUCAGAAGGGAAUUUCGUGUAGAUAUCAUCAGUGAUGGCAAAGAUAACGACACAAUGGAAUUUGACAUGAUUAAUUUGGAUUCUUCUUUCGCUAAUGCAGUUCGUCGUAUGUUGGUUUCUGAGGUUCCAUCUCUUGCAAUAGAAAGGGUUUAUCUAACCCAAAACACGAGCAUAAUGCCAGAUGAGGUCAUGUGUCACCGCAUUGGCCUGAUCCCACUCGCUGUCGAUCCCAAAUAUUUCAUGUUCCCAAGCAAAAAACCGCCUGCUUCUGACAACAUUUCUGGGUUUGAUCCUAAAGAGCAUCUAGUUUAUGAUAUUCAUGUUGACUUUACGAAGGCUGUUAAAGAUACUCAGAAGAAGUCAAAUAAAAAUAGUACUCAGGAUGGUGCUUUACCCGUCGCUCAGUACUUCUCAGUGCAUAGUUCCGAUCUCAAGUGGGUACCAUUACCCGGUCAACAGGAACAUUUCGGUGAAGGUAAUACUCCCCUCCCAGUAUCCUCGACAAUACUUAUCAAUAAACUAGCUCUUGGUGAUGAAAUUGAAGCUCGUUGUGUUGCAGUAAAGGGGAUUGGUCGAGAUCACGCUAAAUUUUCUCCGGUCGCAGCAGCAUACUACAAGUUUCAUCCAAUCAUCAAACUCCUUCGUACAAUUGAAGGUGAACAAGCGAUUAAACUGCAGAAAAGUUUUGCACCUGGUGUGAUCGGAAUAAAUCCGGCAACUGGUCAAGCAUUCGUUGACAAUCCACGUUUGGACAAUGGCUCACGUGAGCAUAUGCGUCAUCCUGAAUUUCGUGAUAUUGUUUUCUCCGGCAUGGAUCCAACACAUUGUAUUUUCAUUGUCGAAACUAUAGUCCCUGGCUGUCGACCACCGUCUUCAUUAGUCCGUUGUGCAUUUGAUGUAAUGAUUAGUAAAUGCUGUCAUUAUAUAGCUGUCACUGAAACUCCUGAUUUCGGUGAUCAAAUUGAAGAGUGUAAACUGUCCAGUGGUUCAGUGACAGAUAACUCUGAACUUCGACCAGUUGAUAAGAGCUUGAUGUCUAUAAAAGGCAAUCGAAGUCAAUUGAAUGGACGUGAAGUAGGACUUGAAGUGACUCACACUUCACAUGAUAAGUUGCGUGCAACAUUUACUUUUUAUGGAGAAGAUCAUACUCUUGGUUUAGCUCUCAGAUAUUGUGUACUAAGAAAUGAACUGGUUAACUUUUGCGGUUACUGUGUACCUCAUCCACUGGAGGAUAUGAUUAAUUUCGACAUUCAGAUGAAGAAAGGUUCAGCUUUCAAUGCUCUACGUGAUGGUCUUCAAUGCCUUCAUGACUGUUUCAAGCAUAUGAAGCAAACAUUUAAAUCUGCUAUGAAGAGACAGCUAAGAAGAUAA